AAAUAGGGAAAAGGCCUGGCUUGCUACAGCUGGAAUCGGAGCUGGAAUCACUGCUGCAUCCCAACAGAUUUGCUGUGGAAAGAAGAGACUCUCUCUGGAGCUAGCGUUUCCUUCUCAAAAGUCUAUUGUACACCAAAGUGGAUGAAACAGUGCAAUUUGGAGCAGAACAUGGCAAAUACAUUUGUCACAGUACCUGAUGGGUACUGUCUUGCUGAGCCCAUACAGUAUUAUGAUGUUUUACCAGAGCACAUCAAUUAUCAGCUGCAAGACACAGAUUUUCAGAGUGCUCCUUACUGCCAAUAUUCCACAGUUCAAUAUCCUCCUCAAGUACUACAGUCACAACCUUCACAAUCUCAAUACAGUACAUAUAGCCUGGACUCUCAAUACAGUGAUGGGCAGUAUAUAAUCAGCAACUGUGAAUUUAACAAGCCCCAUUUCAUGGCUUCCCGCAUUGAUGACAGUGGAUAUCAAGGACUAAAAAGGCCAAGAUUAAAUCAUUCCUCCUUGCGAAUGAAGGGACAGGAAGAACUCUGUGUGGUGUGUGGUGACAAGGCCUCAGGCUAUCAUUACAAUGCACUUACCUGUGAAGGUUGUAAAGGCUUCUUUCGACGUAGCAUCACUAAAAAUGCAGUGUAUCGAUGCAAGAAUGGUGGUCACUGUGAAAUGGACAUGUACAUGCGAAGAAAGUGUCAGGAAUGUCGCUUGAAGAAGUGUAAGGCUGUGGGAAUGCUAGCAGAAUGUUUGCUGACUGAAGUACAGUGCAAGUCAAAGCGACUCAGGAAAAAUUUCAAACAGAAGAGCAGUUUUCAUUGCAACAUAAAACUAGAAGAUGAGGGACUGAAUAGUAAGCAUGUAUCAUCUACAACAAGAGCUGGAAAAAUCACAGAGAGGAUGGAACUCACGCCAGGGGAACAUCAACUUCUUGACCACAUUGUAGCAGCACAUCAAAAAUACACAAUUCCCCUUGAGGAAACAAAGAAGUUUCUACAAGAAACUGCAAGUCCAGAGGAAAGUUUUCUGCGUCUCUCCGAGACAGCAGUUGUUCACGUACAAGUGUUAGUUGAUUUCACAAAAAGACUCCCAGGAUUUACAAGUUUAGCUAGCGAAGAUCAAGUUGCACUAUUAAAGGGGUCAACAGUUGAAGCAAUGUUUUUGUGUUCAGCCCAGAUAUACAACCAAAAAAACAGUGAAUGCCCAUCAACAAGUGACAGUCACAGAAGAUUUGCUGAUCAUGUGACAUGUUGCCACGCUCAAAACCUUGAUAAGAACACCAUUUAUUCCAUGGAAAUGUCUCACAGCGAAGACAGCCCAACUUCCACGACGACCACAGGUAUAACUGAGGAGUUUAUUACUGCGCUGUUUUACUUCUACAGAAGCAUGGGAGAACUUAAAGUGACAGAGACAGAAUAUGCCCUACUCCUUGCAACGACCAUCUUUUUUUCAGACCGCCCGCUCCUGAGGGACAAGCGGCACGUGGAGGAGCUGCAGGAGCCGCUCCUGGACAUCCUCUACAAGUACUCCAAAAUCCACCACCCCGAAGACCCUCACCACUUCGCCCGCCUCAUCGGACGCCUCACGGAACUACGCACGCUCAACCACAGCCACGCGGAGGUGCUGGUGACGUGGCGGAUUAAGGACCCGCGCCUGACUUCCCUGCUCUGCGAGAUCUGGGACCUGCACUAGGGCUUUGGCAAAUGCUCGGGUGAUGAUUUUAAUUUGCCCUUUGUAAUGACCAGUGCACCAAACCAUGAUGAAAUCGCUGAUUCAGAUGCAAUUUCAAAGCAAGUAAAACUUUGGUCUGAUGUAGAUGAAGAGAGUAUAGAAACAAUGAAUGAAUUGUAUUCAAAACUCUACAAAGAAGCAGAGAAGAUUAAGAGAUGGAAAGUAACUGUAGAAUCAGAACUGAAGCAGAAAGAAAGAAAAUUGCAAGAAAAUAGAAAGAUUAUUGAAGCACAGCGUAAAGCCAUUCAAGAACUGCAGUUUGAAAAUGAAAAACUAAGUUUAAAACUUGAAGAUGAAAUAUGUGAAAAUAAGGAUCUUAUAAAAGAAAACAGUGCUUCAAAGCAUAUGUGUAAUCUGCUCAAGGAAACCUGUGCUCAUUUCACAGAGAAGUCCACCAAAUAUGAACAUGAAAGAGAAGAAACAAGACAACUAUAUAUGGAACUUAACAACAACAUUGAAAGGAUGAUAAUGGCAUUUGAAGAACUUCGUGUGCAAGCAGAGAACACCAGACUGGAAAUGUGUUUCAAAUUAAAAGAAGAAUCAGAAAAACUGGACAAGUUUGAAAAAGAAUACGAACUGGAAGUCAGUAUGAAAGAAAAACAGAUAUCAGACUUGACCAUACAGAAUGGUGAAAAAGAUGAAAUAAUAAGAAAUAUCAAAACUCAGUUACAGGAAUCCAAAAGCAAGAUUGCUGACUUAGAAGAAACAACAAGAUAUGAAGGGAAGAUGUUAAAAGAAUCCCAGAUCAUUCAGGAUCAGUUGAGAGCAGAACUGGAAGAAGCUAAAGUUUCGUUGCAAAAGACAGAGAAUAUUCAGAAGAGCUUAGAAACUGAAUUGCAGACUGCAGUGAAAACAUUAAUUCAGGUCACUGGAGAAAAAGAAUCACAGAUGGAAGAAUGUAAAAAAACUAAGGCUCUGCAUGCAUCAAUGGUAGAUGAAUUUGAAACUUCCGUUUCCAAUUUCAAAAGUUUACUGGAAAAAGAACAAAAUAGAUUGAAGAUAUGUGAAGAUGAGUCGAAACUGCUUACGUUGGAGCUCGAAAAGAAGUGUUCAGAACUAGAAGAGAUGACUAAAUUAAAAUGUGACAAAGAAAUGCAACUUGAAGAGCUAUCAGUAACACUGGAAAAAGUUCAAGGACUUCUAGUGGAGAAGAAGUAUCUUGAGACUACUGUUGAACAACUGGAGGAGAGAGACAAGGAAAUGAAAAAGAAUCUCCAAGUUAGAGAGAAGGAAAUAUGUGAUUUGAAAGUACAGCUGACUGACACAAUGGAAAACAAAGAAGCUUGCUUUAAACAGGUUAUGACACUGAAUGCAGAUCUUGAACAGAAGAUGCUAAGGAAUGAGCAACUAACAGUGGAUUUCAAUAAGCUUUUAUUAGAAAAGGAGCAGAUAGCACAGGAGAAAAGUUAUAUAGCUGCAGAACUCAAGAAACUACAAGUAGGUUGUGAGGAUAACAGAAAACAAGAAGAAAAUACAAGGAAGUUAUUAGAAAACCUGGAAGAAGAAAACAGCCAGUUGAGAAAUGAACUAAAGUCCUUGAAGGAGAAGAUGGCAAAGAAGGGUGAAGAAAUUAAAAAUAAACUGGAUGAAAGUGAAGAAAAUACUAGAACUAUUGAAAAUGAAAUUUCAAGAAAGGAAAAGCAGUUGAAGAUUCUAGAAAAUAAGUUGAAUAAUUUAAAGAAGCAGAUGGAAAAUAAAACCAAAUAUAUAGAAGGCCUGCAACAGGAGAAUAAGGUGCUGAAAAAGAAAAUUACAGCAGAAAUCAAGAAAACAAGUAUUUAUGAAGGGAAGGUUACUAAAUUACAAUUAGAGAUAGAAAAUGUGAACAAGCAACAUAAGGACACAGUUGACAUUUAUCAAAAAGAAAUUGAAGCAAAAAAACUAACUGAAGAUAAACUUCUUGAAGAGGUAGAAAAGAUGAGGUUGCUGGCUGAUGAAGCAACAGUAAUACAGAAAGAAACUGAUAUCCGAUGUCAACACAAGAUUGCUGAGAUGGUUGCACUUAUGGAGAAGCACAAGCAUCAAUAUGAUAAAAUGGUUGAAGAGAAAGACACAGAAUUAAAACUUUUUAAGAUAAAAGAGCAUGAACAGUCAUCAGAAAAAAGAUCCAUGGAAAGUGAGUUAUUGCAUUUGAAAAGUGAACUGGCAUGCCUUAAGGAACAGCUUAAAGCUGAAAUUGAAGAAAAGAAGAAUCUUGCCAAAGAACAUCCCAAAAAUACAAUUCCCGAAAAAGAAAAGAAGCACAAGAAAAUACAGACUCACCUCCCUGAGACUCCUAAACCUCACUUAGAUCUGGAUUCUGCAUCUAUCGAGUCAAAAAAAAGAUCAUCUCCAAAUUAUAUUCCUAUAAAAGUCAAUGUAGUGGAAAAUAAAGAAACUUCUCCUUCAGGACCUGCAAGAAGUACCUUGUGCAGUCCAUCGUUAAAGAAAUAUGUUAUAAAAACUCCUCCAGUGCAUAAGCUGCAAAAUGAAAGCACGAAUUGGCUUUCAGAAGGAUGUGUGAGGAAGAAGCAAAAAGUGCUUCUGCGAUUGGAUGCUCAGUCAGAUAGCUCUGAACAAAGUGACCUCCUGAGCAUAGUUUCAGAUGAAGAAAUCUGUAAAAAAUUAUACCAAGAUUAUCAUCAAACUUUGCAGUUAUGUACUAUGACACCGAAAAAGAAACCAUUAACAUCAAACGUGAAAACUACAGGCUCUGCACUGAAAAUGACAAGUAUGAGGAAAAUGCGAGAGGCUGGAUGGACUGAAGUUUCUAAAAUGGACAGGAAAAGAAAAAUGAAAGAAGCUGAAAAACUCUUUGCUUGAAAUUAAUAUUAUUUAAUUAGUACCCCACAAUUAUUAUUCUUUCAGAGUUGGUACACUGUUGCAUUUUUUCUGUCUUAUUCAGUAGAUAUUCAGUAUUCAGGAUUUCCAUUUAUUUCCUACAUAUGAAUAAUCUUGAUAGAUAUAUAACUUCAUCCACCUGUACAGCAUUUCCUGUAUUUCAUUCUCUAAGCAAUAAGAAGCCUUGAGACAAAAAUUAGCUCAUUUUUGA